AUGGCUGCUGCUGCUGCUGCAGCUUCAACUGCUUCUUUUACUUCUUCGAAGCAAAUCGUAUCGAGUCCAAGUAACACUACUAAUACCUCACUUUCAACACAUGCUACUACUUUUACGGGUGCUCCUCUGCUAAAGUUUCAUUCAACUAAGAGAAAAUUAGUUAAGGUUAGAGGAAAGAUAUUUGCGGCAGCCGCUGCUCCAGUUGCAACGGCUCCAGUUGUGGAAGUUAAAGAAUAUGUACUUCCAACAUGGGCCGAAUUCGAUCUUGGAAGAGCUCCAGUCUACUGGAAAACUAUGAAUGGUCUUCCUCCUACUUCAGGAGAAAGGCUGAAGCUAUUUUAUAAUCCAGCUGCAGGCAAACUUGUUCCUAAUGAAGAUUACGGAAUUGCUUUUAAUGGAGGUUUCAACCAGCCCAUCAUGUGUGGUGGUGAGCCGAGGGCGAUGCUGAAUAAAGUUCGAGGGAAAGCUGAUCCUCCUAUUUACACAAUCCAAAUUUGUAUCCCCAAACAUGCUGUAAGCUUGAUAUUCUCAUUCACAAAUGGUACUGAUUGGGAUGGUACAUAUAGACUGCAAUUUCAAGUUCCAAGAGCUUGGCGAAAUAAAACAAUGGAUUUCUUCACCGCGGGGCUUGCACAGGAGUUGAGUAAAGAAGGUGCAUGUGAAAGAGCUAUUUUCCCAGACACUAGUAUCAUCGCCACAAGAUGUGCCAUAAUUGGUAACUUAUCAGUCGAAGGAGGUGACCGCUGCAAUCUUGAUCUUGUACCUGGAUGCACCGAUCCCAGCUCACCCAUGUAUGAUCCUCUAGCCAAUGUGGAUGAUGGCUCUUGCCCACCUUAUUCUGAUUCGGAGGAUUAA